AUGGACAAACACCCUCUCUCCCUCGAGUCUCUCCAGAGGGAGGUCAGUGAACUCACAGCGAUAUACCAUGGCCGAGGCUGGACGACCGAAGCAACAGACCUGGAGUCGACACUGGCGACAGCGCGGAAUCGGAUAGUCAGGACAGGCGCGGAUUCUGACCCAACGACAAUAACGCUCGAAGAAUUAACCACUUGUGUGAAGGCAUGGCUGCAGGCCAAAUCAUGGAUUGCUGCCGUAGACCUAGGCCGUCUGGUGCUGGACUCCUGCGAGAACCUGAAGGGAGAGCGAGACUUAAUGACCAUGACAGCGAUGCAUAAUCUCUCUUCAGCGUAUUGGGGCCGAAUGCAGCUAGAUCAAGCUGCUACUCUUGCCGUCCGGGUGAUCAAGUUGAGACGGAUUGUUCUCGGCGAGGAGCAUCCCCAGACAUUGACUUCGAUGGCGAAUCUAGCCUCCACGUAUCGGGUUCAAGGGCUUUGGGCUGAUGCUCAGGAACUUGAUGCGAGGAUCUUCGAGAUGAAGAAGAAGACUAUCGGUCCCAGGCAUCCAUCCACAUUGGGCUCAAUGUCUAGUCUGGCUAUAUCGUAUUCCAAUCUCGGUCUGUACAAAGAGGCCGAGACAAUUGCGCGCCAACUGGUCGAUCUUGGGGAAACGGAAUUAUCUCCAACCGAUCCCUCCUUGUUGAGCUGGAAACUUACUUUGGCAUCGACCUAUCGAGACCAGGGAAGGCUUGACUCCGCUGAAACCCUAGAACGGGAGGUUGUCGCUGUUAGUCGGGACAAAUUUGGCACAAAGAACUCCUUCACUUUGAACUGCAUGGCCAACCUUGCAUCCACACACCGCCAGCAAGGCCGAUGGUCGGAUGCCGAGCGCCUCGAAAAAGAAGUCGUGGCUAUCAGUGAGACCGUGCUUGGCGAAACACACCCCCAAACGCUGAUGUCCAUCAGCAACCUUGCCUCAACAUAUCGCAAUCAGGGUCGACUCGAAGAAGCCAAAAGUCUCGGGAAGAAAGCAACAGCUGUGUUGAAAGAGGUUCUUGGGGAGCGGCAUCCACACACACUGGUUGCGAUGGCAGAUCUUGCAGUGACAUAUCAGAUGAUGAGGCAAUCACCAGAUGCCGAGAUCCUGGCAGCCCAGUCUCUGCGUUUGAUGGAAGAGACGAUCGGCAAAGACCACCCGUACACUCUCAGCGCGAUGGCCAAUCUGGGCUUUAUUUACCAGUCGCAAAGCAAGUGGGAGGUCGCCGGUGGAAUGGCCGAAACGGUACAUUCUAGCAGGGAAAGGGUAUUCGGAAAGGACCACCCAGAUACCGUGGCGGCGCUGGAGGAUUUGAGGAGAGUAGCGUGGGUCGAGGCAGCAGAUCAGAAUGCACAGCGUACGUUGAAUUAG